AGGUAUGGCAGAAACUUUCAUUCAUAACAAAGCGGUACACAGUAGUCGCGAGUAGUCACGCUAGAGAUCGCUUCGUGAACAAACGCUGCGAUAGAUUCGCCAUGGCUUAUUUUAAACAAACUUAGAACCAUAAAGUAAAUAAAAUGUGGGUAGACGUGAGUGCGCGCGAAAAACAAAACUACAUUACACAAACGAAUGGAUCUUUUAUUCCGGGGUACACGGGCCACUGUCCUAUGUUAAAGUUCCGCUUCGGAAAAUGCUACGGAGACAACACAAGACAGAUACUGAAAGAAAUACGGUCUAAGGGACUGUUUAACAAACCACUAGAAUACCGGCCCCGUGAUAACUACGAGCUUGACAAUCUUCCUCGCUUCGAGACUCCUCAGCGGGAUGUGUACGACGGCAUCAGAAACAAACCCACAGCACACAUGACUGGAUACACGGGAUACGUUCCAGGAAUGAAUUUUAGUUACGGAAAAUCGUAUGGACGAACCGCAGACGACUGCAUGGCGAAUUUCACAGAUAGACAACGCGAAUUGAGACGUAAAGCUGACCUGAAUAGAAGUUACAUUCGAUCAAGAAGCGCACCCAAGAUGGAAACAGUACACUCCAGAGACGAAAUCCGACGAGACUUGAACAGAUUUAGAGAAAUCAACAAGUAUAAAGAAAACACAAUAUCACCAGAAUUUCCACCGAUAGCAGGCUACACAGGGCACAUACCACGAAUCAAAGGAUCUGAAGCUUCCCUCAGUCAACGGUACCAUUGCGCAGCAAAACGCGGCCUUGAACUCAUCAAAAUGGAGAGAGAAAAUCGUAAAGAGCUACAAAACGCCGACUCUAAUAUAAAAGCCAUAUUGAAAGAAAAUGGGAAAAAGUAUUCGUACUGGAAUUGGGGAUAGCAUACAGGCAGAAGGAUGUUUUUCACCAAGAGACGGUGAACAUUCUUCUAUAAAACGGAACGAUCAGUAUUUUUGAAGAACUAUAACAUAAAGAAUGGAGUCACAUUAGAUUUCUACGUCAAUCGUUCAUACCUUAGUCAUUGUCCAUAGGCCUAAUUAUAAUGAAUGCGUGAUUUGAGAAGAAUAUAUUUUACUAGAUGUAAAUGUUGGUUUAGCUGUCCUGUGUUGAGUGAGAAUUCCCGAGAAAAUGUGAUAUGUUUUAGAAUCAACAUUUUUAAGUCAUGGUCGACGGAAUAAUCCUUUUUCAACUGCAUUCCAUUUGGAGCACAAAUAGAGAAAUGCAUUCAAAGAGUAUUUGAGCAUACUCCGAAUUUGAUAAUGCAUAAAGUACAAACACUAAAAAUAGUUUUGUUAAGUCUUAUGUAUAUUUUUAAAAUAAACUACAUAGUAAUUGAGAA